GAAUUGGGGUCCCUGCCAGUGAUGCGGAGCUGAGUAUUACACCCAGGAUCAUCAAUGGGAACGACGCUCGUCCUGGUGACUGGCCUUGGCAUGUGAAUCUGAUGGCUUCCACUGGACAAUUGAAGUGUGGGGGCUCCCUGAUCGACUGGUUCUGGGUGAUCACCGCUGCCCACUGCCAUAUCACGACCUCUGACCGAGUUCUGAUUGGGUGGUUUGAUGUAAACGUCUCUGCGGCUAACAAUCAAGUUCUGAGGAUUGUGCAGGUUUUCGUACACCCCAAUUUCAACUUGACCAUGGCCUUCAAUGACCUCGCCCUGCUGAAACUGGCCUCGCCUGCUCAUUUCCAUCACUCAGUGUCCCUUCUUCCCCUGCCCAGUGUUGGUGUCUACUUCCGUCCUGGAACCCAGUGCAAAAUUUUGGGCCUGGGGUAUCUGUACCCCAAUACCCUAUUUCGACCUACGCGGCUGCAACAGGCCACUGUUCCUCUCAUGUCAGUGGCCACCUGCAAGAAGUUCUGGCCCCGCAUCAACGCCCGUGCCAUGUUCUGUGCUGGAGCCAAUGGUGUCAGCUUCUACUUAGGUGAUUCUGGUGGCUCCGUGGUCUGCCGCAAGAAAGGAAAAUGGACCCUGGUGGGCAUCUUGUCCUUUUUCGAUAAAAACAAACACACCAGAUGGGCCUUUGUGGCCACUCGUGUCCCCACAUACGUACCCUGGAUCCAGGAGAUCAUGGCUCACAACAAGCCCUGA